AUGUUGAAGCUGCUGGUAGUAGUAUCGCUGGUGCUGGCGAGCGCGCGCUCGCAGGCGGCGGGCGGGCGCGCCGUGCUGUGCGGCCGGCAGCUGUCGGAAGCGAUCGCGACGCUGUGCUGGCCCGAGCUGGACAAGCGCGGCUGGUGGCCGCCGGCGCACCACGUGCUGGCUGGCGUGCGCGGCAAGCGCGGCCCGGUGGACGAGUGCUGCCUCAAGUCCUGCUCUAUUGAUGAACUUAUGGGAUAUUGCUAG